UUGUGUUGAUGUUGCAUGCAGACAAGAGUCUCAGCAUUGAUGACGAAUGCUCCAUUUUUUCUAAAUGUGGAUUGUGACAUGUUCGCUAAUAAUCACCAAGUAAUACUCCAUGGAAUGUGCCUUCUACUCGGCUUUGAUGAAGAGAGGUCCUGUGGCUAUGCUCAAAUCCCUCAAAUGUUUUAUGGAGGUCUUAAGAAUGAUCCCUUUGGAAAUCAGUUGGAGGUCUUCCAAAAGUUUAUGGCAGAAGGGAUCGCUGGGAUUCAGGGUCCUUAUAAUGGAGGAAGUGGAUCCUUUCACAGGAGAAAAGUUAUUUAUGGUUCUUCGCCCUUCGAUCAAAAUACAAAUGCAGGUACUACAUAAAACUGUAAGUGGUAGUAUAAUUAUAUUAUAU